AUGGCUGUGACCUCUGAUUCUGCGGGUACGCGCGCCCGCAAACACACGAUAACGUCCAAGAUCGGCAAGCUUUUUGGCGGGGGCAAGAGCGGCGGCCAGGCCGCUGGCGCGGCCGCCGCCGCCCCCGAGUUGGGUGUGAAACAGGUUCAGGUACCGUCUCCGACGAACUCCACGCUGUCGUUCACCAGCUUGGGCAACGAUUUGCAUCUGACGCCCGAGCUGUCGCGGCCCAACUCGCCGCCCUUGUCACUCACCGGGCGGGGCGCAAGCGCUGCAAACGGCAACGGUGCCGGCACGCACGACAGCAACUCCCUGCAUACUUCCAAAUCGCUGACAGAGUCGAUCGGCAAAAUCUCCAGUAGCUCGCUCAACUUGCCGGCGGGCUCCGCGCCCUGUAUGGCGCGAUUUGUGGUCCACGAAGAUGGCAGCCACGAGCAUCACCUCAAGAAUGCCAAACGCCAAGAGAAACUCGGAAGCAUGAUCAAGAACAUGCUGGGUGCUCAAAAGUUGAGGGGCGAGGCCAAGUCUGCAGUCCCAGACAUUCUCAUGAACAAAAGGAACCAGCAACCCAUAGUGGGUCCUCCUUCUCUAUUUUCGGGAUUCAUGAAGCAAGUGGCCACCAUGGAGCAAGACGGCCCUUACAGCGGCGCCUCUCAAACCCCAAAGGACUUUUACGCCAACGUUUCGGCAGCGGACCUCAAGCGGAAUUCCAAUACUUUGGCGCCCAUGAAAAAAGACCUACUCUGUUUCGCAGAAAAAUACGGCCGUUGUCAAGAAGUUGUGGGCAAAGGCGCGUUCGGUGUCGUUAGAAUAUGCCACAAGAAAUCCCAGGACGCCCCCAACGGCGAAAAAUUGUAUGCUGUCAAAGAGUUUAGGAGAAAGCCUUCCGAAUCUCCUGAAAAAUACUCAAGAAGACUCACAUCAGAAUUUUGCAUUUCAUCAUCUUUGAAACACACAAACAUCAUAAUGACUCUGGAUCUGUUCCAAGACGCCAAAGGCGACUAUUGCCAGGUGAUGGAGUACUGCUACGGUGGUGAUCUAUUCACCUUGAUAGUUGCCGCAGGGAAAUUGGAAUAUUUGGAGGCAGAUUGCUUCUUCAAGCAACUGAUACGAGGCGUAGUUUACAUGCAUGAAAUGGGUGUUUGCCACAGAGAUUUAAAACCUGAAAACCUUCUAUUAACGUCAACCGGUCUUUUAAAAAUCACCGAUUUCGGGAAUAGUGAGUGCUUCAGAAUGGCAUGGGAAAAAGAUAUACAUUUAAGUGGAGGGGUUUGUGGUUCCAGCCCCUACAUCGCUCCAGAAGAAUAUGUUCACGAGGAGUUUGAUCCGAGACCCGUUGACAUAUGGGCCUGUGGUGUUAUAUAUAUGGCUAUGAGAACAGGAAGACAGCUUUGGAGUACAGCUCAAAAGGAUGACGAAUUUUAUGCCAAAUACCUGAAAGGUAGAAAAGAUGAAGCCGGCUAUGAGCCCAUCGAGGCUUUAAAACGUGCAAGAUGUCGAAACGUUAUUUAUUCGAUUCUGGACCCCGUUCCCGGGAGAAGAAUUAACGGCACUCAAAUUUUGAACAGCGAAUGGGGCAGAGAAAUUAAGUGCUGCCACGACGGACAUGCUCUGAAGUAG